UUGCAGUGUCAGCUAGGCUUUGUAAUUCCAUCAAUUAGGGUUUAGGGUUUGUUUCGGCGGCGGAGUUUCAGAGCCUGCAAAAAUGGUGGAGAAGACGAGCGGAGGAAGAAAGGAGGAGGUUGUCACCAGAGAGUACACCAUCAAUCUCCACAAGCGCCUUCAUGGAUGCACAUUCAAAAAGAAGGCUCCAAAGGCCAUAAAGGAGAUUAGGAAGUUUGCCCAGAAGGCUAUGGGAACAACUGAUGUCAGGGUGGAUGUGAAGCUGAACAAGCUCAUAUGGAGCCGUGGGAUCCGAAGUGUGCCUAGGAGGAUUCGAGUACGCAUUGCCAGGAAAAGAAAUGAUGAGGAAGAUGCAAAGGAGGAGCUCUAUUCACUAGUCACUGUCACUGAGAUUCCACCAGAAGGUUUGAAGGGAUUGAGCACCAAGGUGAUCGAAGAAGAUGAUUGAAUAGUAGCCUGAUAUUUGGUGACUUAUUUAUUCCAUUUCUGUUUUACUUCCAGUUUUCGAUAUGUUUCGGGAUUGUCUGGGACUCUAGAUGAUUAACACUUGAGCAACAGUGAGUUUAUGUAAUGGAUUGUAAGCCAAUGUACUUUUUUUUUGGUCCUA